CCGUUAAAAAGAAAAUCAUGGCAGUAGAAACCGAGUUUAUGACUCGAGGGCGGACUUCUUCUCCGUCUCAGUCGUCACCCGAUCAACAUAAACUAGUCUGUUCUAAUCUCAAAAUUAAAUUCCGAAAUGGAAAAAAAGCAGCUUUGAUUUCUCCACAAUAGAAAUAAAAUCUGCAACUAAGUCUGCAGCUCUCGAUAACUUUGUUUUCUGCGGUAAAAGCGCUCGAAGGCUUUGAAUUCAUGGUAUAACUAUGUGAUUUUGAAGGCAGCGGCAGAUAAAUUUCUGGCGGAUAUGAGGUGUAGCUGUUUUGGUGCAAAAGAGAGAGCUAAUGGAGCUUAUCGUGAUACAGACGGGGAUUUAAUUUGCGACGUUAACCGUUUCUCUUAUAAUGAGUUGAGAUCAGCAACGGAUGACUUUCAUCCAACCAAUAAGAUUGGACGAGGAGGCUUUGGAACUGUUUACAAGGGAACCCUCAAAAGUGGAAGGCAAGUGGCUGUAAAGACACUUUCUGCUCAAUCAAAGCAAGGAGUCCGGGAAUUUUUGAAUGAGAUUACUCUCAUAUCAAAAGUUAGGCAUCCAAACCUUGUUGAGUUGAUAGGAUGUUGUGCUGAAGGAACUAACCGAAUUUUAGUGUAUGAGUAUGUCGAAAAUAACAGCCUUGAUCGUGCAUUACUAGGUCCAAAGAAUACAACUAUUCAACUGGAUUGGAGAAAAAGAUCUGCAAUUUGCCUGGGCAUUGCUAGGGGCCUUGCGUUCCUUCAUGAAGAACUUGAUCCACAUAUUGUGCAUAGAGAUAUCAAAGCUAGUAAUGUACUUCUCGACAAAGAGUUUAACCCGAAGAUUGGAGAUUUUGGGUUGGCUAAACUCUUUCCAGAUAAUGUCACUCAUAUUAGCACAAGAGUAGCAGGAACAACUGGUUAUUUGGCACCAGAAUAUGCAAUGGGCGGUCAGUUAACCAUGAAGGCUGAUGUGUACAGUUUUGGGGUUCUUAUCCUUGAAAUAAUUAGUGGCAGAAGCAGUGCAAAGGCCAGCUGGGGAGGAAUGGAAAAGCUCCUUCUAGAAUUGGCGUGGCAGCUUCAUGAAGAGGGGAAACUCUUAGAACUAGUGGAUCCAGACCUGGGGGAUUUUCCAGAGGAGGAAGUCAUAAGAUACAUGAAAGUAGCCUUUUUCUGCACCCAGGCAGCAGCAAGCCGGAGGCCACUUAUUAGCCAGGUUGUUGACAUGCUUUCAAGGAAUAUCCGGCUUAAUGAGAAGCUACUUUCAGCGCCAGGUUUCUUCCAAGAUUCAGUAGGCUCCAGUGGACCACCAUUUUCAACAAAAAAGUUGUUUGCUGAAUCUUCUAGUACUAGCAUCCAGAUGAGCUCUAUUCCUGUCACAAUCACUGAGGUGACACCAAGAUGAAAAAUGAUUCUUUUAAUUACUACCAAUACUCGAGCAUCGGUAAGAGCUUUCAACUGGAAAACGGGAAAAAUUAUUUACUAGACACAUUCAUGUGUUUCAUUAAUCGCAUUGUGCGUUAGGUGCAUCAUACUAAUCAUAUACAUGUUUUUCCCAUUUAUAGGGAAAGUUAGAGGAGAGUUUCACACCAGUGAAGUAGCGAAUUUAUAUUUGUUGCUGAAGGUGAUAUUUUAAGUAUUUUCAGUGUCAUGAGGCAAUUAUUUUUCUUGGUGAAGAAAUUUCCUGCUUUCGUGCUAGUAGCUGGCUUGAUUGCAGUAGUGUAAACGAGGGAGUAUUGAGUUUAUAAACAUGAAUUAUUGUACCCUUUGCAUUGCACAUGCCAAACGCCAUGGGUCAAUCCCAGUAUAGUAUCUAUUUUGCAA